CGUGGUACGGCGAGGCUCUGAUAUAGGCUUCAUGUAUACAUUGUAUGCUUUGAACGUCAACACAUACGUCAUCAACACAAGCCUGGACACACGCUUCGAAGCCUCGACACGGAAGGACACUUCACUGGGAGUGAGGCAUCUCGCUGCUGUGAAAUAUCUCUGCAGUGCGGAUCUGUACAGUGUGUCCUCUGCUGCGGAGCUUCUCCGGUCCCUGCACUGCGGUGUCCUCUCCUUCCGGCCCCCCCACACCCCCACUCCCAGGCACCGGGUGGUGGAGAGGCGGCCGCCGGGUCAGAUCACUGUCACCGACAAACUAUCCGCUCACCGCGGACACGUCUGUCCCGUCCGCUGCGGUGCUGCUAGCCCGUUAGCUAAAGUUAGCUAACCUUCCGUUAGGAGGGUUGUGAUGACAAUAAAGUUAAGAGAGCCCCUCCACACAACUCCAAGGGGACACGAAUAACAACACGUUCAGAGGAACGUCAGAAGCGACUCGCAGUGUUUUAUUUGGGGAAACUUCUCGACUCCCACGGGGACUUUAUCCACGGUUUCACCGGAGCUAGCUUCUAGAGCCAGAUCAUGCUGCUCUCCGCCACAACACGCCUCCUCGGGAGAGGGAAGACUUUGCUCCCUGACCCCGUGAGGAGGAUCUGCGGGAAAAUGUCGACCUCCUCCGUGGCAGGCAAGCGACUGCGGGUCCUGGUCGACAUGGACGGGGUGCUGGCGGACUUCGAGGGCGGGUUCCUGAAGAAGUACCGGGCGAGGUACCCGGACGAGCCCCACAUCACCCUGGAGGACAGGAGGGGGUUCUGGGUGUCCACGCAGUACGGCCAGCUGAGGAGCGACCUGUGUGAAAAAGCCAUCAGCAUCUGGGAGUCCAAAGACUUCUUCAUAGAGCUGGAGCCUUUGCCGGGAGGAGUGGAAGCUGUCAAGGAGAUGGCCAGGAUGGAUAACACAGAUGUCUUUAUUUGCACCAGCCCUAUAAAGCAUUACAAACACUGCCCAUUUGAGAAGUAUGCUUGGGUAGAGAAGCAUUUGGGCUAUGACUUUCUGGAGCAGGUCAUCUUGACCAGGGACAAGACAUUAAUCAGCGGAGACAUCCUCAUAGACGACAAGCAUGAUAUUCUUGGCGUGGAGUCCAAACCGACGUGGCAGCACAUCCUGUUCACCGCCUGCCACAACAAGCAUCAGUCCCUCAGCCCCUCCCAGAGACGCCUCCUGUCCUGGUCGGACGACUGGAGGUCCAUCCUGGACAGCAAGAGGCAGUGAGGGACGCUUGCACCCAAGAGCCACAGCGGCCUGGCUUCCUCGUCAGUUUCUGGGGGGGGG